UCCAUUUCUUGACCUUCACCGAAUUCGAAAUGGCCGGUGUGCAGUCGGAUCCACAUUUCUUUGAGGGAACCGAAAAAUUGCUUGAAGUAUGGUUUGAAUCAACUAACGGAGAUGACAGUUUUGAUCUUAGACAUAUAGGAAGGUUAGACUGGGAACAUCUUCUGAGGAUAGUGAGAUGUGAGAUCAUCAGCAAAAGUUCCAGUGAUGACAUGGAUGCAUAUGUUUUAAGUGAAAGCAGUAUGUUUAUAACACAGAAGCGAUUCAUACUAAAAACAUGUGGAAGAACGACUCUGCUCCUUGCCAUGGAACCAUUGAUCAGAUUGGUAACUGAAAAAUGUGGUGACCAUAAAGUUGUGGAUGUGUUUUACUCAAGGAAGAAAUUUGCCAAGCCAGAGCAACAACAUAAGAUACACAGAACUUUUGAAGAUGAGGUGCACCACCUUGAUCAGCUGUUUAAAAAUGGCGCUGCAUACACACUUGGGAAGAUUAAUAAAGACUGUUGGCACUUGUAUAUGUUGGAGGAUGUACCUGGUGUUAAAGAUCCAGAUCAGACCAUUGAACUUUUAAUGUGGGACAUGUGUCCGGAGAAGAUGAAGAUAUUUACCAAGGAAAUUUCAGAAGAUGGGGCAGAAGCUACACAGAAAUCUGGGAUAAUUGAUAUCAUACCAGGGCUCCAGAUCGAUGACUUCUUGUUUGAUCCAUGUGGUUAUUCUAUGAAUGGAAUUCUGCCUGGGGGAUUUUACAUUACUAUCCACAUUACACCAGAACCACAUUGCUCCUAUGUUAGUUUUGAAAGCAAUGUUCCUCAAGAAUCGUAUUAUGAUUUGGUUCAUAAGGUAUUGGGUUGCUUCAAUCCAGAGAAAUUUCUGAUGACUGUCUUCUCCAACAAGAUUUCUAUUGCUAAAGAGUCUCACAAGCAUUUUGAAGAUUUGUACCGAUUGAAAGGCUAUAAGAGGAAAGAUCAUCAGUUCUGUGCCUUCCAGAACUACAAUCUUACCUACACGAUGUACACACGCCCAAUCAUCUAGGAGAUGUGGUCCGGAAGUCUCCCGAUUGAGGUCCAGAGUGUAGAUAGUGUGUGGACUCAAUGUAGCCUUUGCAGCUGUCCGGGGAAACUUCCGCUUUAUUUUUGUAGUAUUAGAUUGGCUUUCAAUAUUAGUAUAUAUUUAUUUGUAACAAUGUGUGUGUAUUAUGUACAUCUUUGGGGUACUUCUAAAACAAGAAAGAAGUACCAUUUAAGAUUUAAUUUCAACUGUCAGAAACCUAGAUAAAUUGACUCUACCUUUGAAAGACUUUUCCACUGUUUUGUAUAUUAAGAUCUGUUUUAGGAUCAAUAUUGUUAUUCUUAAGAAUAUUACAAAUUUUUACUAACGUUUUUGAUAUAUUAAUAGUGAAAUAAUAUGAGCUUUUUCUCAUAUGAGUUUUUGUAACUAAUGUUUGUUUUUUAUGUGUAAAAUUUCCUGAUGGUUCUAUUGAUCUCAAUUAGUUUUAACAUUUUCAACAACAAUAUUUUUUAUGGUUGUACGACAAAAAGUUCAUAUUAAUCCAAUUAUAAAUUAUAUUCUAAUGAUGGUACCGCAGAUAGGUACCAGUGGCAGUGUGAUUGGAAUGAAUUUAUAAAAUACUGUUUCAAUAAAACAAUAAAUAAUAAAAAAAAAAA